GCUUUUUCGACCUUUCUAUAGGAAUUUCGCAAUAACGCAUUUUUGUCACCCUUUCAUAUUAUUUGGCUCAUCAUCUAACAUGGGUAAGAAGAAGCGUGGUCAUCCGGACCUCGAGGAGCUCCUCAGUCGGCCCUGGUGCUAUUACUGCGAGCGCGACUUCGACGACUUGAAAAUUCUAAUUUCUCACCAAAAAGCGAAACAUUUCAAAUGCGAUCGAUGCGGUAGGAGACUGAAUACGGCCGGCGGACUUUCUGUUCACAUGAGCCAAGUCCAUAAAGAGACAUUAAGUGCUGUGGAUAAUGCUCUACCCAACCGGUCAAGUUUGGAUAUCGAGAUAUUUGGCAUGGAAGGUGUCCCAGAAGAUGUCUUGCAGGCUCAUAAUCAACGGGUCAUGACUCAAUAUCAACAGGCUGAGGCGGAACGUCGUGCUGUGACUGGGAACCCCGCAUCUGGAGCGCCAGGUGGUGGCAGUCAGCCUAAAAAACCUAAAUUCGAAAGCCCUGCGGAAUUGAAAAAGAGGCUUGCGGAACAUAAGGCGAAGCUUGCGGAACAGGCGGCUGGAGGGAGCAGCGGUGAUGAAACUCCUAUUGGUGCUGGGCAGGGCUUGCAGACAACAGCUGCUACAUAUGUUCCAACGACUCAGUAUCCUACGAGCCAACAGCAGUUGAAUGGCUCAAGUCAGCCAUAUCAUUACCCACAGCCCUAUGGGCAUAGUGGCGCUGCUUAUCAACAAGGUGCGACUUCGUUCCAGAAGCCACCAGAUUACGCUUCUCCCACCUAUGGUCAAUACCCACCUACGGUACAUCAGUACUCCACAACUCAGUUCAACCCCCCCCAAGUGUCACCUCAACAUUACCCGCCCGCUACGUCGGCUUUGCCGCAGCGCCCGUUGGGUGCCAAUACUCCACCAGUAACAUUUCAACAGCAGCAACAAACACUCCGAACCCAAACCCCUCCACAAAAUAGCCCCUUUCCCUCUCGCCCUCCUAGUCUACCUACUGCUCCUAGCCUUCCCCAGCGUCCAAGUUUUGGGGCACCUCAAGUCAAUGCUUUCCAGAUGCAACAAUUACACCAUGGCCAACCUUCAUAUGGCUUAGAGCAAUCCCAGAGUAGUCGAAGCCCUCCAGGACCUCAUCUUGUUGGCGAACAACCCCCAACCUCAAUCGACGACUUGAUUUCAGGCGCAGCGAAGCAAGCGGAAGAAAUGGCUGGUAAACCCCCAGCUACUACAGUGAAGCCAUAUGACGGCGCCGGAGAGAAGCCAGCAAAGAAAGAGAAGGAAAAAUCGAAGGCUACGAGAAUGGUGUAUUCUGAUAACGAAAUAAGCCCCGAGGAGAAAAUGGCUCAGUUGCCUAGGUAUGCAUAUCUUCCUGAACGGAAGGAGGAGACGGUCCUUGGGGACAACACUACUGCUGCAGUCGCGGGAAUCAAUACAGCUUCCGACCAAUUGGUAAAUCCACCCCAAUAAAAUAACUUCCCGCUUUCAUUGUCUCCAUCUACUCCAGAUCCUGACGACCUUUUAAAUGUGCUUCGAUGUCAACCCGUCGCAACGGGCGGAAUAUAUACUGGAGGAAUGGUUGUAGCGUCUAGCUAAGUCCUUCGACACACCAAAAUUCUACAAGACAUGUAUCCCUUAAAUGCAGUGUCAGCAUUGAUCUUCAGCAACUGUGAUGACCAGGCAGGUGCGCGUUUCUUAGAAGUCGGAACCGGGGUCAAAUACGGCUGUUAACCUCUGACCCUCAACCGGAGAAAGAUAUCGACUUCUCGUGGAGUCCUGCAAAACAUAAUACACCAAUCAAAUGACAUGGGAGAUCUGGUCGGCGCUGGUGAGUCCGAUUGCAAAUCUUAAUGAUUAUCUUGUCGGUUGGAGCAGGGUUGCUUUCGAGCAAAAUAUGCGCAGCUAGGUUCAUUCAAAUGUUUUUUUUUUUUACGUUUUACUUUUUUUUUUUUUUUUCCCUUUCUUUAUUUAUGCCGUUUAACUUCAGCAUGUUUCAUUUCAAGGACUUCAGAAUGACCAACCAACCACUCAUUUGGCAGAAAAAGCCGGAGACAAGGUUGGAGAAGUAGGGUUUACUUCUAUGUUGAGUCAAAAUAAAGGAGAAUACGUCCCCUCGUCCCCG